AUGAGCACAAUAAGUAGGGAGGAAUACGCAAAGAAAAUGAGAUUAGCUUUAUCUGACAAUCAUAUAUGUAAACCUGAUGGAACUGUUAACCAUUAAUAUUUCUUAGUCAAAAAAGGCUAAUAUUGGGGAGAGGAGAAAAUAUAAUACUUGAUAGAGUAAUUAGAGAAAAUUGGAGUGGGAAAUUGGAAAUAAAUGUAAAAGGGCCUCUUAGAAUAAACUAGUGAAAUUGAAUUAGAAUUAAGAACCUGCUUAUUAUUUAAAACAACAGACAUUUAACCAUAUAUGGAUAAAAAGUUCACAAAAAUUGAAAUCGAAUAAAUUGCCUAGCAGAAUAUUGAAAAAGCUUAAUAGUUAAGUAAGUUGAAAUAUGGAGUAUUUGUUGUUUGA